UCAGUUGAGGGAAUAGCGCACUAGCGGCAGAACUUUCGAACUUGACGACAAAAGACGAGGGGAAUGAACACUGUUGUACUUCUGACUUUAGACACCAAACACAUCUACACAUCUCUGCAUUAGUGAUAUUUACAACAUAUCCAAUUUAGUUAUCUUUUACAAACGGCGCGGUUGCACAAUAGCGUUCCUGAAUGCUUAGCGUUUUUGGAGAUAGGGCAACUAUCGCCGCUUCUUUGGAAUUCUCCACUCUCGCUGCAUGCGUCAGCUGUUAAGGUAUCCAGACACAACAACGUGAGACCCUGAUGGCAACAUUUUACAUUGUUUUGUUGUUUGUGGCGCACUUUGUAUCCUGGAUUUAUGGGCAUUACACUGAAGUGACGUCAUACGACACGUACAAUGAGGUCCUACAUGAGGAGGAGGAACCCUAUUACCCCCCACAGCCAGACUACAACAAUCCGCGCUGGUGCCACACUCUGCGGCUGCCCAACGGAGACGUGUCCUGCUCCUCCCCGCGCAGCCGGCACCACUACGGCUCGCUGGGCACGCGCUGCGAGCUGUCCUGCGACCGCGGCUACAAGCUGGUGGGCCGGCCCUCGGUCCAGUGCAUGACCAGUCGCCGCUGGUCCGGCACCGCCCACUGUCGGAGGUCCCGUUGUCACGUUCUGCCUGUGAUCGAGCACGGGACGUUCCACUGCUCGGAGAGCGUGAUGGUGGACUCCAGGUGCGAGUACCUCUGCCACCCCGGGUACCAGCGGGAGGGGGACCACGUGCGCAUAUGCCAGACCGACGGCAGCUGGACUGGCUCAGAGCCUCUCUGUGCAGACAACGAGCCUCCGAAAAUAAAGUGCCCAGAGUCCAAAGAGAAGGUGGCAGAGCCUGGAAAACUCACGGCCCGGGUGUCUUGGAAUCGGCCUCACACCUCGGACACCUCCGGCAAAACGCUUGACCUCAUGCGGGUGGGCCCCGAGUCUGGGUCUACGUUCGCCGAGGGGAUCCACGUCAUCCGCUACCGCGUCUACGACCAGGCCCGCAACAGAGCCGCCUGCAAGUUCAUGGUGCGCGUGGAGGUCCGAAAGUGCCCGGCGCUGAAGCCGCCUCUCCAUGGUUACCUGACCUGCUCGACGGACGUGAACAACUACGGCGCCACCUGCGAGUACCACUGCGACAGCGGCUACGAGCGGAGCGGCCCGGCCACGCGCGUGUGUCGCUUCGACCGCAGCUGGUCGGACGAGGUGCCUUCUUGUGUGUUGAUGCACAUUGAUACAGAUGUGAAGACUGCAGCUGCGUUGCUGGAUCAGUUCUAUGAGAAGAGGAGACUGCUGGUCGUGUCCACACCAAAUGUGGCCAACCCGUACUACAAGAUCCAAAAUGUUAUGUUACAGAAGGCGGACUGUGGCCUGGAUCUGCGUCGCGUGACUGUGAUUGAGCUGCUGGGGGUGGAGCCUCGGCAGGUGGGGCGCAUCAAGGGACGUUACCUGGGCACACAGGUCAUCGAGGGCCUCAGGCAAGCUCUUCACAUCUCCACCUCCUACUUCACCAUGGUGCUGGUGGACGAGGACGGCAUCGACCGCGAGCGCUUCAGGAACCCCACGGGCCCCACGGAGCUCUACGCCUACAUCGAGGACUACCUGCUGGAGGAGGACGAGAGGGAGCGCCUGCAGGUCGACAGGGACAUGUGCGAGUGAGAGGCGACCUGUGGUGACCUGACCUGCUCCACGCACUGCCAAGGGACAUCACAUGCUUUUUUAUUCACAGACUGAGGGCGUGCUCGGACAACGGGAAUCCUCCCCACGUAGUAGAACUAGAGCAAGGCAGAGCAAGGCCUUAGGCUGGAUAAGGGGACUUAGUGCAGUAGUGAUGUCAAGAGCUUGUGUGUGCUUGUAGCUCAGUAGUGAUUUUACUGUUAAAGCAUAUCGUCAGUUCAAAAAACUGUAUUAAACCAAGCAUAUGGAAUACAUGUGAAAUAAGCACCACACUACUUGGAGAUAUGGAAAUGCAAGUGAGAAACGGCCACAGUUGGACAACAUAGACUGUUGAAAGUUUAUUAUAUUACUUUUGAGGUGGAUGACUUUAUCUGAUGUAUUUAAAAAGUGCAUUUAAAAGGACAGAGCAGAGAAUAUAAAAUUUAUGUUUGAACAGUUUGGAGUCUUAGGACAGUUUGUCACUGAAGAGGAAUGUGUAACGAUAGGAGGACACAUUUACAUUAAGUAACUGUUAACGUGCUCAAAUAACAAUAAAAAAAUAAACAAACAUACAAAUAAAACAUGAUGAGAACUGA